AUGGUGAGUUACAGCAGCACUGGGCGCUCACCCAGGGUGCUGGGAGCGUUGGUGGAUGGGGAUGGGGAUGGAGAUGGAGAAGGGGAUGGGGAUGGAGAAGGGGAUGGGGAUGAAACUGAUCAGAUUGAUGAAAACCUGAAACUAGCCCUGCAGCAAGACCUGACUACAAUGGCCCCUGGCCUGAUCAUCCAGGGCUCGGGCAGGGACCGGAGGUUGUUUCCCGCGGCUCAGGCGGGAUUUGUGCCGGGAAAAUCCUUUCCCUUCAGCCUCUUUUCUUACAUCUCCCCGCAGACCACCCUGCAGACGGACGAGGUGAAAAAUGUUCCCUGUGGGACCAGUGGAGGAGUGAUGAUUUAUUUUGACAGAAUCGAGGUGGUGAAUUUCCUGAUCCAGAGUGCAGUCUAUGACAUCGUGAAGAACUACACUGCUGACUAUGACAAGGCUCUGAUCUUCAACAAGAUCCACCACGAGCUGAACCAGUUCUGCAGUGUCCACACGCUGCAGGAGGUCUACAUUGAGCUGUUUGAUCAGAUUGAUGAAAACCUGAAACUGGCCCUGCAGCAAGACCUGACUACAAUGGCCCCUGGCCUGAUCAUCCAGGCAGUUCGAGUUACAAAGCCAAACAUCCCUGAAACAAUCCGGAGGAAUUAUGAGCUGAUGGAGAGCGAGAAGACGAAGCUGCUGAUUGCAGCCCAGAAGCAGAAGGUGGUGGAGAAGGAGGCAGAGACAGAAAGGAAGAAAGCCCUCAUUGAGGCAGAAAAAAUCGCACAAGUCGCUGAAAUAACCUACGGACAGAAAGUGAUGGAGAAGGAAACAGAGAAGCGAAUUUCAGAGAUUGAAGAUGCUGCAUUUCUGGCCCGAGAGAAGGCCAGGGCUGAUGCUGAGUGCUACACUGCCAUGAAGGUUGCUGAGGCUAACAAGCUGAAGUUGACUCCUGAGUACCUGCAGCUGAUGAAAUACAAGGCUAUUGCAGCAAACAGCAAGAUCUAUUUUGGCAAAGAUAUUCCCAACAUGUUUAUGGACUAUGCAGGAAGCCAGACCAAAUUUGCAGAGGGACUAGCAGAAGGAAUCCAAGAAGAGGAAGGGGGAGGAACCAGUGAGGACACAAAACUACUUCAUAAUGUCAACUGAAAAGAUUUCUAUUUGGCAGAUAUCAAAAGAAACAUGAACUGGGAAGUUCCUUUUUUGCUUUCCCCAUUUGUUCUACUGAAAGAGAGGAAUCAGACUUAAUACUUUCAAUCUUUUGUAUGACAAUUAGACUCAAAGACUUUGUUAUUUAUGGGGUGUUUUUUUUCCAGUA